AAAUUGACCGAUGGAUGGUUGGUUGCAAGCUACACAACGUUAGCCUCUUGUUUCAGUCGAAAGGUAGACGCUAAGCUGAAAAGUCGAAUGAUACAAAUUUUAUUUUUUAAAUUUAAAUUCGGUAAAAACAACAAUUUUUCAAAUUUUCAACGAGAAAUAAACAAAACAAAAAUACAACAAAAAAAGAAGAAAAUUAGUGCGAAGAUUUGGAAUUCAAAGAAUUUACACAAAAAUCUUAUUUUAGAACUUUUUGAAAUAAAUUUAUAGCAAAAAUAUAUUAAAAAAGAAAAGAAAACAUGAAAGUGCUAGUCAGUGGCGGUGUUGGUGGUGGCGGUAAUCUUUCGGAAGAAAUUUGCGUAGGUGAAAAUCCGGAAAAAGGAAAAUCUACAGAAAUUCAAGAUAUAUUAGGAGGAAAUCAUGAUGUCGAGAAGAAGGAUUGUAUUCAAAGACAAAUUCAGCAGACGCCAUUUCCUGGAAUAUCCGAACUACUGCCAACCCUGUAUCUCUGCGGAGCUGGAGUAGCCUUACCAAACAUUCUGGACAAACUCGAUAUAAAAUUCAUUGUCAAUGUAGCUCCUGAACUGCCUGAUACACCUCUGUCCGAUACCAAGCCCAUGUAUCUCCGCAUAAAUGCCUUGGAUAGACCAGAAAUUGACCUCAAGUGUCAUUUUGACGAAGUUGCUGAUAUGAUCGAAGAAGUCCAUCAGUUAGGUGGGAAAUCAGUGGUUCACUGUGUGGCUGGUGUGAGUCGGUCAGCAUCUCUUUGCCUGGCAUAUCUUAUGAAACAUCGAGGAAUGACACUUCGGGAAGCAUAUUAUCACGUCAAGGCCAUCCGUCCACAAAUCCGACCAAACAGUGGAUUCUUCCAACAAUUGAGGCAAUACGAAGAGGAGCUUCGAGGCAGUUGUUCGGUGAAAAUGAUUUACGUUGAAUCAUUGGAUCGUGAGGUUCCUGAUGUUUAUGAGCCUGAGUACAGAGCUAUGGAGGAAUUCUAUCAAAGACAUCGUACAUUUAAAAGGCGUUAGGGUUUUAGAAUUUAGGACAUUUUUUAUAUUUAAGGUUUUUUUAAGUAAGGAAAUUUGACAGAAAAAAAAACAAAAACCCCUAGGAUCUCUAAAUUAAAUUCCCUUAGCUCGUAGUUCAAUGUUUGGUAAAAAUGAAUGAUUGGAUUAAGUAAAAAAGAUGCAGCAUGAAGUUUUGUGCAUGAUGUGUAUCAAUGUGAUGAAUAUUUAUAUAUUUCCAUUAGAAAAUAAUUAUUUGAUAAUGUUAGUAAUAAAUUUAUUUAAAAAUAUAUUUUUUCGACUAAAUUAGAGAAUAAAAAAAAUAAAAUAUAAUGAAA